GAGGCAGUGGAGUCCUGUCUAUUGCGACUAAUCUCGCACGCUAUAUGUAUGGUAGGAUCAAAAGCCGCCAAGCCAACCUUCAUGUGAUUCCAACCGUCAAUCAAAACAUACCACCAACCAAAUGUUGCCCACUUUCUAGACGUGUUCACACAUUCCAACAGACACGACACAAUUGCAGCACCCGACUCUGACUGUCCGCACGUUCCCGAACAUAUUCGACCCCGAUCUCCUAAAAUCGAAUCCUGGUCCCCUGGUGAUCAGUUGACGUCGAUCGCCGCUUUUUCUCACGCUGCAAGAUCGACUUGUAUUGACGCCCAUCAUUUGAGCCGCAAAGUCUUCGUCCAUGCCACCCUACUGAGCCAAGUCGACCUGUCGACCGUUUCCAUUUAUCGUCGCUAAACUUGCGCCAUGUCCGACAAAGAUGAAAUACCUCCACCUUUGCUCGCAGCGCCUCACGUCCCCGCCGCUGAUGGUCACGAGGAUGACAAUCAAGACGGCGGGCAAUUGCGCUACUUCGCCCGGUCGCCUCACCCAUAUCACCGACAAAACUUCGAGCUGCUUCAGCCUUCCGACAAGCUCGCCCCGCAGAGCUGCAGGAGCAGCACCGGUAGCUCCUCGCCUUCGCGCGGUGCCGCUAGAUCCUCUCGGCUACAUCCACUCUCCACCCUGAGUUCUCCCUUCCUCAAGGAGUCGACGCCGACGAGCGACAGCGGUACGGACGCCGACGAUGAGCACUUUCUCAAAGGACUGCCGGCACCCCGGACGAGACAACACAAAGGGCUGCGUGGGCGCAAUGAGCCGUUGUCUGGGGCCUCCACCCCAUUGCUCCCCCCGGACCUGUUGGAGGAGGAGGGCCGUAAAGCUCCGCCAGGCCCGAGACAGGAUGCAUCUGUUCGCGACAGGCGUGCGAAAGCAGAGAAGACGAGGCGCAAAAAGGAGAUCAUCCGACGGGCUGCGGAAGCUCUAAUCUUGUUCUCUUUGGGUGCCAUUCUCUACUCGAAUCGCGACGUCAAGCCUGUAGUGCACGCGUGGAGAAAAGAACUAACCAUACAGGGUCUACUCGCUGCCUUACUGGUUGCCGUUUACCCUUUUCGAGUCGCGCUAUGGGCCUACACACAAGGCACUCCUUCGAGGCAGUUCCCGCUGUCUAUACCGACCUCUUUUGACCCAGGGCCUCUUUUUUAUCCGCCAACGAUACCAAUAUAUGUUGCGCUCCUUUUAUCACCUAACAACCAGGUCAUCAUUCUGCCAAAUCUCAUUCUGAGCAUAGCAUCGCUGCCUAGAGCUUUAGUCCCCCUUACGAUAAGCGGGGAGCUUUGCGAUCCUGCGCAUUGGCUUUUGUCCACUAUUCCGCUGAUUGCUAGCGGACUGGUGGCACAAGAAUGGGACCUUGGACGGCUUGGGACCGUCUCAAUCACGGAAACAGCAGUCCUGUUGUACCCACUGCACCAAAACCUUUGCAUGUUGCUUCAGCAGUUGACGACUACGAGUCUGCUACCAGCUGAACUGCAGCUAUUGUCGGUAGUUUUGGUGAACAUUUUGCUGUUCUCGGCCUCUCCACAGAUGGUCAUCUUGACGACCCUUAUCUGGGGCGGCGGACUGGCUCUCCUUGUGCUGUGUGGGCAUGUAAUCAGAUGGGGAAUCACUCUUGCGCGUGUUCCCAAGUGGCGCUUUAAGAGACCAUCUCAUACUAGUGGAUCCAACGUGAGGCAAGCGUCCACGUUGUUACGCCACCUCUUCAACCUCGUCACCGUUCGCGGCUUCAGGUAUGAGCUAUUUGGUGCAGACUACAGCGAUGAUGAAUAUUGCGCCUUAUCAGAUACAGGCAAUCACGAAGUUCGGUACUCGUCAGAUAUUGCAGGAGGCGAUAUGAAUGUGGACGGGAGCCAUGAAGCUCCUUUCAGUCUCCUCAAGAGCUUUACUGUUUCUCCAGACCAAGAAGAUGACAGCAUGCGUUUGGACCAGUCGGAUGGUCAUGCGGAAACCUUUCCAAUCCUAUCCACCAACAGGCUCAAACCCAGGCGCCAUACUUUGCCAACACUUACUGGCCCGGGUCCUAGGUCCAAGACACAUACGCCAUCCGGCCGACGGAAGAGAUCGGCAUCGUCGAGCAUCCGCGCCUUCUUUUCACUUACAUACGCGCAGGCCACGGCGAGGAAAUGGGCGUACGCCAUCUGGAUGUACAUUUGUAUAAUCGGCAUCAUACUAGGCGGUGUUCGUGCAUAUGUGGGCAAGUAUGCUCUUCAGGGAGAGGAGCCCAUUGGCUGGGCUCUGGGUUAUCUCUUUGGUGACCUGCCAUGGUUCAGGCUUCAGGUGGUUAAGGCAAACCUAGAACGAUGGAUCUGUCUGCCACCUCGCUGGCAGGAAGAUGCCAGUGAGCAAUGCUCGUCGGCGUUUUGUCGGCUGGGCUGGGUUGAGCAUCUACGACAUGCUGUUCUUGGCGAGGCCAAUACCCGUCUCCUACUCAGUGCCUACUGGUUGGUGACCAUCGUUGUCGGUUUGGGGGUGGUCUUCAAGUUGACGCCCAUCUAUGAGGUGGAUACGCGGCGCAAGGUCUUCCACUUCAUGAUGGUUGGGAUGUUCCUCCCCGCUACAUAUGUUGAUCCGUCAUAUGUCGCGCUCGCCCUUGCCCUUGUUCUUGCCAUCUUUCUACUCCUUGAUCUCAUCCGGUCGAGCCAGCUUCCACCACUUUCGAAACCAAUCGCAUGGUUUUUAACGCCAUAUGUCGAUGGAAGAGACCUCAGAGGCCCAGUGGUCAUCUCCCCCAUCUUUUUGCUGAUCGGCUGUUCUAUCCCAUUGUGGCUGUCGCUGGCAGCUCUGGGGACUGAUGACGCCGCCUAUGAUGAGCGUCACCAGAGUCCCCUUAUAUCAGGUUGGGAGUUGCCAACACGAGACGUCAGUAUGGUAUCUGGUGUGGUUUGUGUCGGACUUGGCGACGCUGCAGCAUCCCUGAUAGGGAGACGAUGGGGACACCGGAAAUGGGUCUGGGGUGGCGGCAAGUCCCUAGAGGGUAGUCUUGCCUUUACGGUCGCCGUAUUUCUAGGUCUGGCUGCUGCAGGCCUGUGGCUGCGCAUCGGGGGCUGGUCGAUCACUGGCGAGGGCCUCAGGGACGAAUGCACCCUCGGCAUCUGGCCAUGUACGUGGCGCUGGCUGGUCCAGGACCAUCUACAUGGCUGGGUCAGGUCACUACGUGGGGCAGCGGUCUGCGGCUCUAUGGCGAGCUUGACGGAGGCUGUGCUCACGGGUGGAAAUGAUAAUGUGAUUGUUCCGGUUGUUUUGUGGACUUGUGUCAAAAGUCUCGGGGUUUGAUCUGGGUGGACUAAAACAGCAUUCCGGGGCGUUUCCUCGCAUUUCCAAAACAAAAGUCCUAGUACAACUUUCUUGCUGAUCUGACCUUAUUUUAAUUGGGGUUGAUUCUUUGUAAAUAUUCACUAAUUUCGUGGGACGAUUCGAAAUGCGUAUCAUGAGGGAUGCAAUAGCGGUUUACUGGAAGCGUAAAACCGCCAGGUUUGUUGAGACAGGCUUUCGUACCGUUUAUGAAAUGAUUUACAUAGCAUGGGAAAAGACUUGACACGUAAUACUCAAAGCCAUGCUCGAGUACAAACUUGAUUUUCUCAAAACUUUUCUUCGAGUCAACCCAGUAUUGUUUAUAUAUGCAUGGCACAAGGCUAAAGUAGCGAGCAGGACAACCUACAUAACUGUGGUCAAAACUACUGUCAGAACCAAUGUUUUCUUUUGUUUGGUUUCGUCAAUGUAAAUUGCC